CGAGGUUAAUGGUUAACCCCCCCCCCAGCGCCCAGGUGGGUGCCGGCUGCCCGUUCCCAGGGGCGCCCUUGGGUGCCCCCGAUAGCGGGGGGGAUUUAAGGCGGGCGAGCGGCCGCCCCCGCUGCGCCCUGACCGAACCGGGACCGCGAUGCUGACCCUCCUCCUCCUGCUGUUGGUGGCCGGCGGCGGCCGGGCCGCGGUGCUGCCGGACUCCCGGGUGGUCAACGGGGAGGAUGCUGUGCCCUACAGCUGGCCCUGGCAGAUCUCGCUGCAGUACGAGCGGGACGGCACCUACCGCCACACCUGCGGGGGGACCCUCAUCGCGCCCAACUGGGUGAUGACGGCCGCGCACUGCAUCUCCUCCACGCUCACCUACCAGGUGGUGCUGGGCGAGUUCGACAUGGGCGCCGAGGAGGGCCCCGAGCAGCGCAUCCCCGUGGCCUCCAGCGACAUCUUCGUCCACCCCAAAUGGCGAAGCUCCUGCGUGGCCUGCGGCAAUGACAUCGCCCUGAUGAAGCUGCAGCGCCCGGCCGUGCUCAACACCCAGGUGCAGACGGGGCAGCUGCCCCCCCCCGACACCGUCCUGCCCGAUGGGUACCCCUGCUACCUGAGCGGCUGGGGACGGCUCUCCACGGGGGGGCCGCUGCCGGAGCGGCUGCAGCAGGCGCUGAUGCCCGUGGUGGGCUUUGAGCGCUGCACCCAGCCCGACUGGUGGGGCAGCCUCUCCAUCCGCCGCACCAUGAUCUGCGCCGGCGGCGCCGAGAAGGCCGGCUGCAACGGCGACUCGGGGGGUCCCCUGAACUGCCAGGCGGCCGACGGGAGCUGGGAGGUGCACGGCAUCGCCAGCUUCGUCUCGGGGCUGGGCUGCAACGCGCCCAAGAAGCCGACGGUCUUCACCCGCGUCUCCGCCUUCGAGGACUGGAUCGCCGAGAUCAUGAGCCAGAACUGAGCGCGGCGGCGACGGCGACCUCCCGGCGUGGCACCGGGCAAAUAAACCCAC